AUGGGGCAGCCUUGGGCGGCUGGGCGAUCCGAGGGGGCGUCCGCGCGGCUGCCUCUCGUGCUCACGGCGCUGUGGGCCGCCGCUGUGGGCCUGGAGCUGGCUUACGUGCUGGUGCUGGGUCCUGGGCCCCCCCCUCUGGGACCCCUGGCUCGGGCCUUGCAGCUCGUACUAGCCGCCUUCCAGCUUCUUAACCUGCUGGGCAACGUGGGGCUCUUCCUGCGCUCGGAUCCCAGCAUCCGGGGCGUGAUGCUGGCCGGCCGCGGUCUGGGCCAGGGCUGGGCCUACUGCUACCAGUGCCAAAGCCAAGUGCCGCCGCGCAGUGGGCACUGCUCGGCCUGCCGCAUCUGCAUCCUGCGCCGGGACCACCACUGCCGCCUGCUGGGCCGCUGCGUGGGCUUCCGCAACUACCGGCCUUUCCUGUGUCUGCUGCUUCAUGCUGCCGGUGUCCUGCUCCACGUCUCUGUGCUGCUGGGCCCUGCCCUGACAGCCCUGCUGCAAGCCCACUCACCUCUCCACACCGCCGCCCUCCUCCUGCUGCCCUGGCUCAUGCUGCUCACAGGCAGAGUGUCUCUGGCACAGUUUGCCCUGGCCUUCGUGACGGACACGUGUGUGGCAGGUGCAUUGUUGUGCGGGGCUGGGCUGCUCUUCCAUGGGAUGCUGCUGCUGCGGGGUCAGACCACAUGGGAGUGGGCUCGGGGUCAACACUCCUAUGACCUGGGCCCCUGCCACAACCUUCAGGCAGCCCUGGGGCCCCGCUGGGUCCUCGUCUGGCUCUGGCCCUUCCUGUCCUCCCCGUUGCCUGGCGAUGGGAUCACCUUCCAGACCACAGCUGAUGUGGGACUCACGGCUUCCUGACUCCAGGAAGAGCCUCAGCUGUAUGGGGUUGAGGGGAGGGAUGGGGGCUAAUGACUCGUUUCCGGCUUCACCCCCAGCCUCAGCAGGGAAGUUGGGUUGGCCUUUAAUGCCUGCAGUGGGCAACUCGUGCCCCUUCCUUGGCCUUGCCCCUGCUCAGCUUGGAUUCCUGCGACUGUGCCUCUUUUGGCAGAGGAGUACAGAGGAGGGUCUGGCAAGGGGCUGUCGGCCAGCAUAGCUGCCCCUCUGCCAGAUUAAUAAAGUGCUGACUUGGUUCU